GCUUUUCGAUGAUAUCGAAGUAUGCGGAAACUGCAAUAAAAUGGACAGAUUUGAGUGGGGUGACGACAGCUUUAUUCCUGGUGAAAGACAAGUAUUACAGCAACGAGGGGUGGCUUUGUAUGAUGGAUAUGAUAAGACUUCUUUUCAAGAUGGAAUUCUGGUUUUAUCAACACAUAAGCUAAUAUGGAAAGAUAUAAGGGACAGGUCCCGUAUUUUGGUAUUACACCUUUCACUUGUUGUAUUUCUGGAGGAACAACCAUCAGGAUUCGCUAAAAGUGCCAAGAUUAUUGUCCACCUGAAUCCUGUGCCAAGUCAAAAAUCUCCUGGGCCUGUUUCUCACAGUGUCAACCACUUCAUCAGACUCUCCUUCAGGGAUGCUGGCGAAAGAGAGUUUAAUCAAGCUUUUUCUGAGCAACUUGAAAAGAGACUAUGGGAACAAAGUAUACCAACAGCAGUCCCUGCAGCGCAGAGCGGGCGACAUCGGGCAGGAAUUAUGGGUAUUGAACGAUCAUUGAAGCAAAAGCAAAAGGACACUGACAAAGAUAUCUCUAAAGCUUUUGAAGAUCUCAGUAAACUUAUGGAUAAGGCAAAGGAAAUGGUUAACUUAUCAAAAACAAUAGCAACAAAGAUAAAAGAACGCCAAGGUGAAAUAUCAGAAGAUGAGACAGUGAAGUUUAAGUCCUAUUUACUCAGUAUGGGUAUACCCGAUCCUGUGACCAGAGAAACACACGGAACUGGUGACAAAUACUACUCGGAGUUAGCUAAACAGUUGUCCAAGGUCCUAGAAAAUCAACUUCAGGAAUGUGGUGGAAUCAUGACAUUAACAGAUGUUUACUGCCGUGUGAACAGAGCUAGAGGAAUGGAGUUGCUUUCACCAGAGGAUAUGUUACAUGCAUGUGAAAUGUUGGAAUCACUGCGACUCCCUGUUAGAAUGAAGGUGUUUGAUAGUGGAGUGAUAGUUCUACAGCUACAGUCACACGAUGAGGAACGAGUGAUAAGUGAUAUAACAGAUUUGGUGAAGGAGAAAACAAAACUGACUGCUGACGAGUUGGCCCAGCUACAAGGAGUUUCUGUGAUAUUGGCCAAAGAAAGGCUAUUUCUGACAGAGAAAGUUGGUGGAAUUUGUAGAGAUGAGACAGUGGAAGGACUUAGGUUUUACAGUAAUUACUUUCUGACAAGAACAGAUUAAUGGGAACAAUUGAGAGCCACUUCGUCCCUUGGAUAUGAAUUAUAAAACACCAGUAAUGAUAGGACAUUUGGAAUGGAAAAUUUAUUUGUUACCAGUACAGCACACAUAAUUCAGUAGCCUCAUGGAUAUAAGUUUCGAUGUAAGCUUGUUACCUGUGGAUUUAAACAACAGAGUGUAAUCGUGACUGGAUAGUGGGAACUACCAACUCGGUGAUGACUUUAUUGAUGAGGUUGGAUAGAGGAAUGUUGGAUAAGUGGAGGCCAGAUCUAAAUUAAUGAUGCUUCAUAUUGGGAUAAUAAAUCUUUUUUUUUUCAAACUUUAUUUUAUAACAAUUGCAAAACAAGUUCUACGUGGUCAGUCAAGUGACCCUAUACCUUUUGUCCGACCAGGGGGUCGCGGUGGCCAAGUGGUUAAGGUGUCCCUGACACUUUAUCUCUAGCCCUCCACCUCUGGGUUGCGAGUUUGAAACCUAAGUGGGGCAGUUGCCUGGUACUGACCAUAAGCCAGUGGUUUUUCUCCGGGUAUUCCAGCUUUCCUCCACCUCCAAAACCUGGCACGUCCUUAAAUGACCCUGGCUGUUAAUAGGACGUUAAACAAAAACAAACCAAAAUUGUCCGACCAGAGAAUCCAAUCCCAGUCUCCUAGGUGAAAGGUGUGUUACCACUGUGCCACCCAACCAACAAAUUAUAUUUGGCUGGAAAGCAAGACAACUGGUUUACUUUUUAAUGGAAUAGCAGGAGAACAGUUUUGGCUGCAUGCAAUAAAGCAGUCUUAGUUUCUAUCCGUAUAGUUUUUUUGAGGGAAAUAUUCAGAGAUGUUCAUCAGACCAUGUGGUCACCCGCUAUUCCAUACAGAAGUAAGAUAUAUACAUUAAAUACCAUUAUCUAGGUAUCUAUUAUUAUGUGCUGUGUGGGAAAUGAUUUAUUUUAUAUUUUCUGAUGAAAUAAAAUAUUAGCGUUAGUUUAUUUGAUUGUACAGGGGUAUUAAUAGUGUAUAAUACAUAGUGAAAUAAAUUAUUGAUGUAUA